UUUUAAUCUUUCAAACAAACACUCCAGAAUCAAACCUUAAUCAUUUCUGGUUAAAAAUAUGAAUAAAAAACUUCCAAUUUCCAGUUUAUUUACUGUCCUGUUGUUGUUAUGUGUUUUCCUUCCUUUAUCAAUUCAAAUCAUAAACGAUGAUAUCAAAGACUACAAAACACAGCUUUUAACCGCAGUAAAACAAGACAAAGAUUGGUUAAUUUCAAUCAGAAGACAAAUACAUGAACACCCUGAACUCCGUUUUCAAGAACAUAAAACAAGUGGUCUUAUUCGACAUGAACUUGAUAAACUUAAUAUUUCAUAUAAAUACCCAAUUGCAAAAACAGGUGUUGUUGCCGAUAUCGGUACAGGGUUGCCGCCUUUUGUUGCUCUUAGAGCUGAUAUGGAUGCCCUCCCUUUGCAGGAGUUGGUUGAAUGGGAACAUAAGAGUAAAAGAGACGGUCUGAUGCAUGGAUGUGGGCAUGAUGCUCAUACUACUAUGCUUCUUGGUGCUGCUAAGCUACUUAACCAGAGAAAAGACAAACUUAAGGGGACUGUUAGACUUCUUUUCCAACCUGCUGAGGAGGGAGGUGCUGGUGCAUCACAUAUGAUAAAAGAGGGUGUACUUGGUGGCGUAGAGGCUAUAUUUGGAAUGCAUGUUGAUUUAUCGAUUCCCACUGGAACUAUAGCAACCCUUCCAGGACCAAUGCUGGCUGCUGUAUGCUUCUUUGUGGCUCGAAUUGAAGGUAAAGGUGGUCAUGCUGCCAAACCCCAUGCCAGUGUGGAUCCAGUACUUGCUGCAUCGUCUAUUAUUUUGGCUUUACAACAAUUGAUCUCUAGAGAACUAGAUCCGCUUCAUAGUCAAGUGCUAUCAGUUACUUUUGUCAAGGGUGGUGAUGCAUUUAAUGUCAUUCCACCUUAUGUUGAACUAGGCGGAACACUCAGGAGUUUUACAACCGAAGGAUUGAUUCGUCUUCAGCAAAGGGUUAAAGAGGUGGUUGAAGGACAGGCAGCUGUUCAUAGAUGUAAAGGUUCGGUUGACAUGAAAGAAGAUGAGUACCCUCCUUAUCCAGCCACCAUCAAUGAUGAAACCUUAAACAAGCAUGUGGACCAGGUAGGCGCGAUGUUACUCGGUCCACCGGGAGUCAAAUUGUCGAAAAAGGUUAUGGCUGGUGAAGACUUUGCUUUCUAUCAAGAAGUUAUUCCUGGAGUAAUGUUUGGAGUUGGAAUACGUAAUGAGGAUAUUGGUUCAAUUCACUCCCCACACUCGCCUUAUUUCUAUCUUGAUGAAGAUGUUCUUCCUAUUGGAGCAGCAUUACACACUGCCAUAGCAGAGACUUAUCUUAGUGAACACCAACUCCCUUCAUAGUUCAAAAAGGUGCAUACUUUCAUGUUUUAUUUGAAUAAACUUUGUAUAGUCCAUGUAAUCAACUUUGUUUCAUCCAACCCUUGUUGCUAAAUUUCUCAAGUACUUCAAUGAAACAAAAUCAAUACACAUUACCAUGUCAAAA